AUGACGCUCCAUCUGAUAGUUAAGUGCCUUGCUGAUGAUCCAAAACUUGUUAAUGAGUUCGUGAUCGAAAUUGCAGUUGAAGAUAACGCACGGCAGAUUAUCGAAGCAAUGGGGUUUGAAUUCAUUCGAAAGAUUCAUGGAUAUAACUAUACCUAUCUGGCGAAGCUGCCCCCUAAAUCUUUCGAGAAUGCCACUGAUUACCUUUCAAGAAUAAAAAGGAAUGCAGAAGUAGUUCUAAUCGAACAGCAAAAACGGCUUACCAGAACUAAACGGGACUCAUUUAUAUGGAAUGAUUUAAAAUACCCAGAUAUGUGGUACCUGAAUCGAGCGUCUAAUAAGGACAGCGAUGAGGUUGACUUGAACGUGAGGGAGGCAUGGCAACUGGGAUAUUCUGGAAAAGGGGUUGUUGUGACCAUUAUGGAUGACGGUUUGGAUCACACUCAUCCCGACCUCUCAGCAAAUUAUGCUGAACAGGCUAGUUGGGAUGUGAAUAAUGGUGAUCGAGAUCCCAUGCCAAACAUUACGAAUCCUGAUAAUAAACAUGGAACAAGGUGUGCAGGUCAAGUCGCCGCUGUGGGAAACAAUUCAAUAUGCAUUGUUGGGGUCGCUUUCAACGCCCUCAUAGGUGGAAUUCGAAUGUUGGAUGGAACCAUAACGGAUCGUGUAGAAGCAGAGUCGCUGAAUUUUAACCAGAACUACAUUGACAUUUAUUCAGGCAGUUGGGGACCUGAUGACACUGGCCACAUCUACGAGGGCCCUGGUCGAAUGGCCUCCGAGGCCUUUCACAAGGGCGCCACCACGGGCCGCAACGGUCUGGGAAACGUAUUUGUGUGGGCAUCAGGAAACGGAGGGCGAAGGGGUGACUCCUGUGCCGCUGAUGGCUACGUGAGUAGUAUCUACACUCUGGCAGUGAGCAGUGUUACCGAACAUAACACGCAGCCCUGGUACUUGGAGAAAUGUGCGGCUAUACUGGUUUCCACGUACAGCAGUGGUGGUCCUGGCGAAUCCGGGAUAGUGACCACCGAUUUGAAUCAUGGCUGUACAAAUUCUCACACUGGCACUUCCGCCAGUGCACCUCUGGCGGUUGGUAUCAUCGCCCUAAUGUUGGAGGCCAACCCAAAACUCACCUGGAGGGAUGUGCAAUACCUUACUGUCCUGACGGCGAACACGAAGCCAUUCAAAGACGGUGAUUUCACAAAGAAUGGAGUUGGGUAUCUUUACAGCAAUUACUAUGGGUUUGGUUUAAUGGACGCAGGGAAGGCUGUGCGAUUGAGUGAACUCUGGCGAACACUUCCUCCACAUCACCGGUGCACAACAAAUGUGAAACAGCUCUCUAGGGAUCUGUCAGUUUUAUUCUUGGAGACGUAUACCUUCAAUUUCACUGGAUGCCGACCCUCCUUGGCUUCUGGGAAUUCCAUUGGCAAGAUCAAGGAGGAGGGAGAACCAAUCGCCUUUGUGGAACACAUUCAGGUUUUCAUGACCGUCCGCUACGAUCACCGUGGCCUCGUUCGUGUACGCGUGAUUUCGCCUUCCGGUUCGUUUAAAUUACUCUUUUUUACUUACCCAAAUCACAUUUUAGGCACCGUAUCAGAGUUAAUGCCUGUCCGAUUGUUUGACGCUUUCUCCAAGUUCGACGGAAUUGAUCGUUGGCCUCUGAUGAGCGUUCAGUUCUGGGGAGAACCCUCCGCAGGAGAGUGGAAGAUUAUAAUCGACAACAAGGAAGGCUUUAAACAAUUAUCCUCAUGGAAGAAACAUCAGAAGACCUUCGAAAAAUCUGCCGGCCAGUGGGACUCCGUCCACAUGGUUGCCUACGGGACAGAAUCGUUCCCAAUUCGGCUUAAGCCUCCCAAUAAAGAGAGACAACCCCCUAAGCCGUGGUUUGACCGAUUCUCGCAGUACGUUGUUUCUGACGACGAGAUGUCGCCCGCUGGGUACAAGUGUCACAGUCAAUGCGCCACAAAUGAGUGCUGGGGACCUUCGGCAAACCAGUGUUUGAAGGGCUGCAAAAACUUCGUUACAGAAAGCGGGCAAUGUGUGGCAAAAUGUCCAAUGGGCACGACAGCGUUGAUUAGUGAAAUAGUGAAUGAUCUGCGCGUCCACUCCUCGACUGUGGCAUGGAGAACCGAAUUGCGCUGUGAGCGCUGCUUCUCGACGUGCGCGGAGUGUCUGCGACCCUACUCCGCACACGGCUGCACCGCCUGCUCGGGCGACUCCUACCUCGCCCCCUUUCUCAGUCCCACCAAGCCCCAAGUACCUCUGAACUCUCGAAUCACUCGUCUUCUUAACUCUAUCACUGUCUCUCGUGGCGGUCAAUUGCUUGUCGGCUCCUGUGUCUCUCGUUGCCCCAGUGGCUAUUUUGCCAACGAAACGAGCAAGGUUUGUGAACAAUGUGCAAAAAACUGCGAGGAGUACUCGGGACCGGAAGUCGAAGCCUGUCGGAAGUGCACCAAAAAUUAUCGUGUUGACGCCGCUGGACCGUAUCGGUGUCCCAAAGGUAAGUCAAAGCAUAGUCAGUGCGAUGCUUGUGAACUUGAAGCGUGGACUGGCUAAUCAAGCAUCCACUUCAUAUUCUCCACACCUUCCUCUAUUACGAUGAAGAACUGUAAUUUGAGUUUUUUUGUUUCAGGCAGCUUCGUAAAAGGAAAUAUUUGUGUUCCUUGCGUUACGGGGUGCAACGUCGACUCCUGCUCAGAGCACGGACUUUGCACGUACUGCGACGCGGCACAUCGGUGGGCUUUUGAUGCACUGCCCUCCUUAUCAAAGCGUUUUAAUGUUUGUGCUUAUUGCUUCAUGCAUGAAGGCAGAUGUGAGAAAUCGUGCCCGGUAGGCUUCUUUCCCGCCUUCCAACUGCGUCAGUCCGGUCUGUACGAAACGGAGGCAACGCUGAGUGUAGACGAUGCUGAGAGCGUGUGGAUGUGCGCGCCCUGUCCUCCGGGCUGCUCUAGUUGCUCGCCCUCAGUUCGACGUCUGCAAGGCUUCGUGGUGCCACGAUGCAAUAUCUGCCACGAAGGUCUUAGUCUCGAGCGCGACUCUGGACUCUGCAAAUCUCCCUGCUCUACUGGCACCUUUGGUCAAAACUGUUCUAGAACCUGCCAUCAUAUGUGUUUGACUUGCUUUGACGAAUUGGAUUCGUGUCUCCAGUGUUCUUCGGGCGCUUAUUUGGCCUAUGGCGAACACCAGCUUAAUCCGUUGAUAAUAUUUACAAAUAGCAAACUCAUUGGCUAUGGCUGUGUUAACUUCUGCCCGGAAGCGACCUACGCCGCUAGAAUCGAUGGUGAAUUAAUCUGUCAUCCCUGCCCUCCAUUAUGCAAAUCAUGUGCAGCUCCGGAUAAGUGCACUCGAUGCGAAGAUGGGUACGCUCUGAGUAAGCAUGACGGGAAAUGUGAGCCGGUGAUAAUGUGUUCUCAGGCUACAUAUUUUGACAGUGGUGAUCAAGUAAGUGACCAGUUUGUUGUCGGCACAUUGGGUGCAGUUCCUCCACAGUGUUAUAGGAAAAAUCGUAUGUAUCAUGACCCUAGAAAUGCAAACCAUGCCACCCUUCUUGUGUCCGUUGUCGGGGUCCGGGAUCCUCAGACUGUUUGGAGUGCUCUAGAUCGAGUAGUAAUCUGA